GUUCAUUCUCAUGUUGCUAGCGCUGGUUGUGACGACGUUUUCUUGUCUAGCACCCUGGUCGAUGUCUAUGCAAAGUGUGGGAGCUUGAGGGACGCUCGGGCCGUGUUUGACAAGAUGGAUCUCCACGACGUGGUUUCAUGGACGGCUUUGAUCCUGGGCUACGCAGAGAACAGCAGGCCUGAGCUCGCGCUUCAGCUGUUUCUACACAUGGAAACGCUAGCAAAUGCGCCAACUUUCGCCGGAGCAGUCAAGGCUUGCUCGUUUCUGGCACUCAAGGAGGAAGGCAAGCUGGUCGGAAUGGAUAACAGGGGGACUGUCAGGAUCAGAGCUUUGGAGAAGGCCAUGGCUAUUCAUUCCCAGGCGGCAAGCAGUGGCUACUUAUCGGACAUCUUCCUGCAAAGCUCUCUGGUAGAUUUGUAUGGGAAAUGUGGGAGCAUGCUUGACGCUCGCCUCGUCUUUGACAGGAUGCAACACAGGGACGUUGUGUCGUGGAACUCUUUGAUCCUGGGAUACGUAGAGAACGGUGAAACUCACCUGGUUUUCGAUCUACUGGCUCGGUUGACAGAAGAUUUCGCACCAAAUGAUACAAGCUUUGUUGCUGCUAUCAAGGCUUGCGCAACUCUAGCAACGACUCACGACGGGAAUGGCAGGCCUCUCAAGGGGGAGGCUCUGGAAAGAGGCACUAGCAUUCAUGCUCAGGCAAGGGACAGGGGGUUUGAGAAGGAUAAGUUCGUCACAAGCACGCUGAUCGACAUGUACGCCAAAUGUGGAGCCUUGGAAGACGCUCGCAGAGUUUUGGAGAGGGCGAGGCCGAGAGAUUCAGUGCCUUGGACUGUGCUGAUGCUGGGAUACGUAGACAACGGAGAGGAGAGGCUAGCACUGGAUCUCUUUGCUGCGAUAUUCGGCUCAAGCAGCGCUCAAACGAGUUCUCCGGCGUUCGUCGCUGCUCUCAAGGCGUGCAUCGGCUUGGCUGCACGAGAAAGCACCGACGCAAAGGUGGCGAAACUGGAGAGCCUGGAGAAAUGCAUGGAGAUCCACAGGGAAGCUGCGAGAUGCGAGGUUGAGCUGGACAUCACCUUGGAGAGCACUCUGGUGGACGCCUACUCCAAGUGUGGAAGCUUGCUAGACGCCCGCAUGGUGUUCGACAGGAUGGAGGCUCACAGCACAGUAUCGUGGACGGUCAUGCUCAACGGCUGCACGGAGAAUGGAGACGAAGAGAUGGCGCUAGAUCUGUUCGAAAGUUUGGAGCUCCAACUCCAGCUCGAGCCAAAUUCAGUCACUUUCGUCGCUGUGCUCAAGGCCUGUGCUGCUGCCGCUGCCAAAGAAGCUGGCAAGGAGAUCGACGAUGACAAGUUCGUGAAGCUCCGGUCGCUGGACAAGGCCAUGGCGAUCCACUCACGAGCUCGAGCGAAGUUCGGUGGUGGUGGCGAGCUCGACCUCGUGGUUGCAAACACGGUGGUCGAUCUCUACGCGAAGUGUGGGAGCAUGGCAAGCGCCCGGGGUGUGUUUGACGCGACGAAGCUCCACAGCGCGGCUUCGUGUGCUUCGCUCGUCCGGGGCUACGCUGAGAACAACGAAGGGGAGCUUGCUCUGGAGCUCUUUUGGCGGAUCAAGGAGAGAUUUUUAGCGGUGGAGGGCGGUGCCGGAUUCGUGGCGGCGCUCAAGGCGUGCUCGAGCCUGGUGGAUCUGAGGGGCUGCCGGGCGAUCCAUGGCGAGAUCUCGCGGCACGGCCUCCUGAUCGUGGUGGAGAGCUGCCUGGUGGACGCGUAUGGCAAAUGCGGCAGCACGAUCGAUGCGCGGCGCUGCUUCGAGGCCGUGGCGAGGAGGCGGCUGAUCGAUUGGAACGCUCUCAUGGCGGCGCACUCCCGCCAGGGCGAUUGGCGCGCGGUGGCGGAGCUCUUCCACGGGAUGCGCGACGAGGAGCUCGCGCCCGACGCGGUGAGCUGCCUGCGCGUGCUCACGGCGCUGAGUCACGCCGGGAUGGUGGAGCUCGGCCAUGGCUUCCUCGGCGCGAUGGAGACGAAGUACGGACUCCGCCCGGGCGUGGAGCACUACACGUGUACGGUGGACAUGCUGGCGCGGGCGAACCGGCUGGACGCCGCGGUGGCCGCCGUACGGGGGAUGCCGUACGAGGCCGACACGGCCACGUGGACGGCGGUGAUGGCCGCGUGCUGCCGGUGGAAGAACGCGGCCGUGGCGGAGGUCGCGUUUGGCGCGCUGCGGGCGAUCGAUCCGGGCGAUGGCGCGGCAUUCUUGCUCAUGGCGAAUCUCUACGGGAGCUUGGGUAUGUGGGAGGAGCAGUCGCGGAUCGAGGAGCUGGGGAGGAGCUGCGGCGCGCCGAGGAGAAGUGGGCGGAGCUGGUGGAUCGAUGAUAAAACGGGGAUCCUCCACCGGUUUGGGGCUGGAGAUGUGGGCCGCGGCGGCCCCGCGAUCGCGGCCAAGCUCGCGGAGAUGAGGGGCUGGAUGAUGGGCGGUGAUGUGGGCGGGAUCGCGCACAACAUUGGCGAGGAGGACAAGAGGGGCUUCGUCCUGUGCUCGCACAGCGAGAGGAUCGCCAUGGCGUGCGCGCUGGUGAGCUCGCCGCCCGGGGCGACGAUCCGGAUCGGGAAGAACCUGCGCGUGUGCGGCGAUUGCCACGCGGUGAGCGCCGUCGCGUCGCGGAUGGAGCGCCGCCGGAUCGUGUGCCGCGACGCCAGGAGGUUUCAUGUCUUCGAGGGCGGGAAAUGCUCGUGUGGAGAUUAUUGGUGAAUCGCGGGCUGACACGUGGCACAAGGAAUGAUGAAUCGCACUUUGGCACGUGUCAACCUGUUGGUGAGUUGAGCGCCAACACGUGGACAAUUUUGGUGUAUCGUGCUUUGGACACGUGGUCGCGCAUUGAAGAGAGACCACUUGGCAGAAGAUGAAGCUAUAGGGUUAUUCCAUUGUUGGAUAGCGCGACAAGGAGCAAACAAGGUGAGAUCAUCUCGAGUUUUUGGCGGUAGCUCUCUCGCGUGAUUCUCGCAUCGAUCAAAUCUAGGACAAGGAGGCGCAAUGCAGCCACACAGAGAGGACUCGGCUCCCAAUGCCGCCGCAGUGAGCGUGGAGACGCGGCUGGACAACUCGGAGCUCGGCCCGGGCAUCGCCACGGGCUCGACGGUGGACAGGACCGACAUCUCCACCGCCUCCUCGGCGGGGCUCACGGCAGCAAAGAAGAGCUUCCCCCCAAAGCCCCCGCAGCCGCGCAAGGGCGACGAGGAGGAGAUCAAGAGGGGCGGGAGUGGGAUCCAAGGCAGCAGCGAUGGCGUUGGCGGCGGGCUCCAGAGGGAGGACUCGCUGGAAUCGGCAAUGUCCAAGACAUCGUCGUCCUCCACUACCACCAUCUCGCCCAUUGUGCCGGUGACGAAAGAGGCGUACGGUGGCGGGAUCUAUGGCAAGGACGACGAGCCCAAAGACAAAGAGAAGCGGAGCAAUGGCGGACGUGGUGGCGGCGCCGCUCCUAAAGUGUACGAAGAUGGUAGCGCGAUUCCGUACAUCCAGUAGUGUAGAGAGAAUACUCUCUCUCUCUCUCUCUCUCCCCUGUGUUCUUACUCUUUUUUUUGUGGGAUUUUUUGUUCUCUCAAAGCGUUGGUUGACAGCUUUUCGCUGAUCAAAGUCUUA